CAUGCAUGCACACAUUACCGCACCGACCAGACGACAGUCCGUAUGAGCCCCCGCGAUAUACUUUCACUAUCGUCGACAAACUGAUCGCACUCGUCGGCCAUAACGUCGCACCGUAACACGUCGCCGUCUUGUCGGUUCUUAUAAUAUAAUAAAGUUAUUAUUCGCCAUCGUAUCGCCCACCUGUAGGCAUACACCGUCGCUACCGACGACGACUCCGCUUACACAUUAGAAUAGGGAAGAAAGCCAAAAGAAGAUUCUAAAAAUCAGAUUCUACGCCGUUUCGCUGUUUAUUUAUUUCUAAACGCCAUACCUGAAUGGUAUUCAUUUAGCGCGCGUUUUCGUUUUCUUUUAGUGUUUUCAGUUUUUUUUUUUUAUAUCAAUUUGUUUUCUUUUUGUACUUCAUCCGUUCACGAUGUAUCGGUCGGCGCACCCAUCCACGUGUGCKGKACGAUUGAUCUAGAAACAUCCGAUUUAAAUACCAUAAACGUAUAUAGCGCAAUUUGGCGUUGUUGGCCAAACAUAGAGCGCUCUACUGCCAUAAAAAAUAGMAUAAAUUCAUUAUCACGUGCACGUGCAAUUAGGAGGAUGGUGACACCCUCGUACACAGCCGCCGCCGAUCGUUCGGUGUCGCUGGCACUCCGAGCGUCUCUGUUGAUUACGGUAAUCGUCACAUUUUCCCGACCCGCCGAAGCUGUCCUUUCCGUAAACGCCACACCUGAAUACAUUCAUUCGUGUCGUAAGGCUGACGUUCAAUUCAAUAGUUGCAUAAAAGAAACAUUCAACCAUCUUCGGCCUUACCUCAUUGACGGUAUCGAAGAGCUUACUGUGCCUCCGAUUGAACCAUUGAUUAUACCAAAAAUGCAAAUGGAAAAUGGUCAUGGUGCGGUCAGGGUGAGGGCGAUACUYAGUAACAUGACAAUACACGGCGCGAGCAAUUAUACAGUGUUAAACGUCAGGUUAGAUUGA